UGCCCGCCUCGGCCUCGCAAAGUGCUGGGAUUACAGGUGUGAGUCACCACGCCCGACCAAAAUAUUUGAAGACAGUCAAUAUGACAGGAGACUGGGGCUGGCUCAACACGUAGACCAGCUGCACAGAGGGUGCAUUUGGUCUUCCGCUCUCACUGCCCCACCCCAUGGGGGAAGAGGUACAGCUCCGUUUAAAUUCCUCCUUUGAGCUAUAGUGGCAAACUCAGCAACGAAGUAGGUCUCAGGCCUGUAGUUUCUUUUUCUUUCGGGACUUGAUGGCUCAUGUCCCUGCACCUGGAAUCUUUUUCAAGGAUGUCCGGGCCAUCUGGGAACUGCUGCGUGUACACACACACACACAAACACGCCCCUAACACCAGAGGUUGGGUGUAUCAUUCUGUUUUCGAGCCUACUGUAUUCACCUGUCUGCCCCGUCAGCUACUUCUACAAGGGUCAAAGGGCCUCACCCAGAGACUACAGACCCCCUGGUGGAGAAGUGUACUGGCCGUUUCUGCAGCUGGACCCCUCGGCCUAAAAUGUUCUGGCUUUAACAAAGAGGCGACAGUGUCCAACCCCAGUCCCCGAGGAGGGAUGUCAGCCCUGGGCUCCUGUGAGCGCUGCAGAUUCGUUCCAGAGAAGGGUGACCGGGGUCGCUGCUCCGGGAAUACCAGCUAAAUAUCUGAAUUAGCAUCCUCAGCACGCGCUGGGAGACGCAGUUCAAGUCUGCUCCCCUUCUUGUGCCCUUAUAUAUAUUUGGUGCAAAAUGGAGAACCUUUUCCCCUACGUUUGUGUAAAAACAUAUGUAAAUAAAGCUUUAUAAUAGUGUUACUGACCCCCUUUUCCACUCGCAAUAAGAUUGACUAUAUAUGCUGAUCACUCCAGAAAAAUCUCGACUCUUCCUUGAGUAGUCUGGAGCUAGCAGGUGCACUGAAAAUGUUACAACUGUUAACUGAAAUCUAAAUUUCCAUGUGAAUGGGCUGUCUCUGGUCCCCUGUCCAGAGACUAAUAUUUUUCCAAAAGCCUGAAAAUACGCUUUUAUGAUAUCGGGAGUCUCAAGGUAAACGUAAAAACGGACUCCUUUACCCCUUCGGAUGUCUCCCAUGAACUCACAACUGGCCACUAGCUCCCCCUUCACGUGGCUCCUUAGAAAGCGUGGAAAAGGGAAAAAUGAAUAGAGAAACUGCCAGGACUUAAGAUGUCUGCUUUGAAGACCCUUCGAGUUGCAAUGAAGGGCCUACCCGCUUCCAAAAUGUCCACCCGCAGUCCUGACGUCACUGGAUCGGCUCCAUCAAGCCAGAAAACGAGAGUGCGCUCCAAUCAGGGCUCAGUCCCCGCCCUUGGCUUGCGUCACUUCCGGUGGUGCAGCAGCCAUUUUGUCAGUCGCCAGCGGAUCCCGCGCGCUGGGGAAGUGCAGUUCCCCCUGGUUACCAACUCGUCCCCUUUUCCUUCGGACUAAGGGAGCCGUCGAAGAGUGCUCGCCAAAGGCGCAGCCGUUUCUCCCUGCGGUGCCGCCGCUCCUGCUGCAGCCGCCCGUAGGUAGUGGGCCGUUUUUCUCACCUGUCCCUGACAGGCGCCCUCAGGGAGCCGCGGUCCGCGAUGUCAAGCGAGGAGAGCUACCGGGCCAUCCUGCGUUACCUGACGAACGAGCGCGAGCCGUACGCGCCGGGCACCGAAGGCAAUGUCAAGCGUAAAAUCCGAAAAGCUGCCGCCUGCUACGUGGUGCGCGGCGGGACUCUGUAUUACCAGCGGCGGCAGCGACACCGCAAGACCUUCGCGGAGCUGGAGGUGGUGCUGCAGCCGGAGCGACGCCGGGACCUCAUCGAGGCGGCGCACCUGGGUCCCGGCGGCACUCACCACACCCGGCAUCAGACUUGGCACUACCUGUCCAAGACGUACUGGUGGCGAGGUAUAUUGAAGCAAGUCAAAGAUUACAUUAAACAGUGUAGCAAAUGCCAGGAGAAACUAGAUCGAUCCCGUCCAAUAUCAGAUGUUUCAGAAAUGUUGGAAGAAUUGGGACUAGACCUUGAAUCUGGAGAAGAAAGUAAUGAAUCAGAAGAUGACCUGAGCAACUUUACUUCAUCUCCAACUACAGCCUCCAAGCCUGUAAAAAAGAAGCCAGUAUCCAAACAUGAACUUGUGUUUGUUGACACCAAAGGAGUGGUAAAACGUUCUUCUCCAAAACAUUGUCAGGCUGUCUUAAAACAGCUGAACGAACAGAGACUUUCCAACCAGUUCUGUGAUGUUACUUUGUUAAUUGAAGGAGAAGAGUACAAAGCGCAUAAAUCUGUUUUGUCAGCAAAUAGCGAGUAUUUUCGAGAUCUUUUUAUUGAGAAAGGAGCUGUUUCCAGUCAUGAGGCUGUGGUGGAUCUUUCUGGUUUUUGUAAGGCCAGCUUCCUUCCUUUACUGGAAUUUGCCUAUACUUCUGUACUAAGUUUUGACUUCUGUAGCAUGGCUGAUGUAGCCAUCUUAGCUCGUCAUCUUUUCAUGUCAGAAGUCUUAGAGAUUUGUGAAAGUGUACAUAAGCUAAUGGAAGAGAAGCAGCUAACAGUAUAUAAGAAGGGUGAAGUACAAACAGUUGCAUCCACCCAGGACUUACCAGUACAGAAUGGGGGUACAGCACCUCCUGUGGCUAGCAAUGAGGGAACAACAACUUUAUCUACUGAACUUGGAGAUUGUGAAAUUGUACUGCUGGUAAAUGGAGAAUUGCCAGAAGCUGAGCAGAAUGGAGAGUUAGGACGACAGCCUGAGCCCCAGGUUUCUUCAGAAGCUGAAGCUGCCCUGUCAUCUGUAGGAUGUAUAGCUGAUUCCCAUCCUGCAAUGAAGUCUGUUGAUUUAAUAACAAAAAACAACCAGACAAAACUGGAAACUUCAAACAACAGAGACAAUAACACAGUUUCUAAUAUAUACCCGAAACUUUCAAAAGAGAAUGUAAUUAGUAGUUCACCAGAGGAUAGUGGUAUGGGAAAUGAUAUAUCAGCUGAGGAUAUCUGUGCCGAAGACAUUCCAAAACGUAGGCAGAAUGUUGACCAACCUUUAAAAGAUCAGGAAAAUCUAGUUGCAUCAACAGCAAAGACAGACUUUGGCCCUGAUGAUGAUACUUACAGAAGCAGGCUUCGACAACGUUCUGUUAAUGAAGGGGCAUAUAUUCGACUACACAAGGGAAUGGAGAAAAAGCUGCAGAAACGGAAAGCCAUUCCCAAGUCAGCAGUUCAACAGGUGGCUCAGAAGUUAGUUCAAAGAGGAAAGAAGAUGAAACAGCCGAAAAGAGAUGCUAAAGAGAACACUGAAGAAGCAUCUCAUAAAUGUGGGGAAUGUGGAAUGGUUUUUCAGAGACGAUACGCCCUUAUAAUGCACAAACUGAAACAUGAAAGAGCUAGAGAUUACAAAUGUCCGUUGUGUAAAAAACAGUUUCAGUACAGUGCCUCUUUGCGAGCACAUCUUAUUCGUCAUACCAGAAAAGAUGCACCCUCUUCAUCCUCGUCCAAUUCUGCAUCUAAUGAAGCAUCAGGAACAUCAUCUGAGAAGGGCAGAACCAAGCGGGAAUUUAUAUGUUCCAUAUGUGGAAGAACAUUACCUAAGUUAUAUUCUCUCCGAAUACAUAUGUUAAAGCACACAGGUGUAAAGCCACAUGCAUGCCAGGUAAAGCUAUUUCUAAUAGGAGAGUCCAAGUACCUUUGCUCAGUUUGUGGAAAGUCUUUUCAUAGGGGCUCUGGACUCAGCAAGCACUUCAAGAAACACCAACCAAAGCCUGAGGUUCGAGGCUAUCAUUGUACUCAGUGUGAAAAAAGUUUCUUUGAAGCUAGAGAUCUUCGCCAGCACAUGAACAAACAUCUUGGUGUGAAGCCAUUCCAGUGCCAAUUUUGUGAUAAGUGCUAUAGUUGGAAGAAAGAUUGGUAUUCCCAUGUGAAGUCUCAUUCUGUCACUGAGCCUUAUAGGUGUAAUAUAUGUGGCAAAGAAUUUUAUGAAAAAGCUUUGUUCAGAAGGCAUGUAAAGAAAGCUACCCAUGGGAAAAAAGGAAGAGCAAAGCAAAACCUGGAACGGGUGUGUGAAAAAUGUGGAAGAAAAUUCACUCAGCUAAGAGAGUAUAGGAGACACAUGAACAACCAUGAAGGAGUUAAGCCAUUUGAGUGCUUAACAUGUGGAGUUGCUUGGGCUGAUGCCCGAUCUCUAAAACGCCACGUCAGAACACAUACUGGUGAACGGCCCUAUGUCUGUCCUGUAUGUAGUGAAGCCUACAUAGAUGCUCGAACACUCCGUAAACAUAUGACAAAAUUCCACAGAGACUAUGUGCCUUGCAAAAUUAUGCUGGAAAAAGACACCCUUCAGUUUCAUAACCAAGGAACUCAAGUGGCACAUGCUGUUAGCAUCUUAACAGCAGACAUGCAGGAACAAGAAAGCAGUGGUCCUCAAGAACUUGAGACUGUGGUAGUGACAGGAGAAACUAUGGAAGCUCUGGAAGCUGUUGCAGCUACUGAAGAGUAUCCAUCGGUAUCUACACUUUCUGACCAAAGUAUUAUGCAAGUGGUUAAUUAUGUAUUGGCACAACAGCAAGGACAGAAGCUAUCUGAAGUUGCAGAAGCUAUUCAAACUGUUAAAGUAGAGGUAGCACAUAUUUCAGAAGGAGAAUGAGUAUGUUAAUGAAGAUAAAAAGAAGUGACAUCUCUUGUACACUGAACUCACAGAACAUUUGUUUACAAUUCUGUGUGACUGUCUGCUUGGAGUUUACAUAUCAAAGCUCUGGGCUGUUUGGUAACGUAACAUUUCCAAACAUUUUGUCUGGCCAAUGGGUUCUAUAGAAAAGUCCAUUUAGUGUAAAGAAAUUGAAAACAAAUUAUUAGGUUGGUGCAGUUACUUUUGCAGCAACCUAAUAUUUGAUGGCAGUGGUUUAUCAUGAUAUACCUUUUAUGAAUUAAUGUUUAUAAAUGACUGUACUGAAUUUAAAACUGUACAGUUUCAUUUGCAUUUUGACAUUACUUUAUUAUACAUUUUGCAUUUAAAAGGCUGCACCAGUUGGCUUUUCUUCUGUUUUAUUCUCAAAAUAUAGAGAUUCUGUGAUUUAUUUGCCCUGUUUAUGGAUUAAAAAGAAAAUUCUAAUAUAAAGCAUUUCAAUAGGAUGCAUAGGUAUAUUACGUUUUUUAAAUGCUUUAGAUCUGUGAUUCUUGACUUACUAUUUAUUUUAUCCCCUUUUAAGUCAGGGAUUCUUUAUUCUGUUUUAAAGCACUUAAUGAGUUACAUGUUGUAAUCAAGUUUGCACAAUAUAUUUAUCUAUAUGAGGAACCCAUAAAUGAAUAGCUAAUUUUAAAAAUGCCAUUAAAAUGCAUGAAAUGCUUAUUAAAACCUUACUAUACUAUUUCUUCAAGGCAAGCAAAUUGACCAUGAGAAAAGAACAGAGUUAUUUAACACUGUUGAUGGGAAAAUUCUCCUUGAUAACAUACGACAAUUAAUGGAAAAAAAAAUUCUCAUUAUUUGCAAAGAAUGAACAAGUUAAUGAACAAACAAGCUAGGUUUGGUAUGUUUUCAGCUUUUGUAUCAUGUUUAAUUGUUUAAUUUGGUUGAAAAACUGCAGUUGAGAAAUCGGAUAGCAAUAUAGAUAUUCACAGCGGCUCUGUGGAUACCAUGUAAUUGUCAGGUAAUUUCAGAAUAUUGAAAAUUAUUCAGUGCAGCCCUCAUAGUAUAAUACUUGAAGAAAUUGAUUACAGUUCCACCAAAUUGUUGAAGAUAAAUUAUUUUUAAAGGUUACGAAAACUGAGUUAUAUUAAUUCAUAUGUUUGAUUUUUAAAUCCCACCUCCUCAAGCUAUCCUAUUUUCUGAUUUUGAAAAUAACCAUGAGAGAUGCCACAUUUCUCUCUGGGAAACUACCACUCAAAGUAUAAUUGUUAAAAAUUAAGCUUUUAGGUAUUAGAAGCUGUUAUAAAGUAUAAAAUUAAGACAUAAGCAGAUCACAUGUAAAUCAUUCCUAAAGCACAAGAAAAGAAUGUGCCUUGAUGUACAUAUAUUAUUAAGAUGCCUCUCCCAGUUUACUUUAAAAAUGGCUUUAAGGAUAAAGAAUAAAUGUGAUAGCUAUGCAUGCAUUAUAUAUUUGCAUUUGCAAAUUUCCCAUUGUUUUACCAGCUGUGUGGCUGACUUUCAAUUUUAAGAAGUGAAUUGACAUACAGCCCUUAACUUUAUAAUGGCUGCUCAUUUAUCUUAUCUUUCAGUUAGUGAAAAAGCAUUUCAACCUGACUAAAAUUUGGAAUUGUGUCUUUUAUGUUCUAUCCUCUGUUGUUACUAGAUUUAGUUUAAAAAUUGUAUAUGACCAUUAAUGUAUGUCAUAAACAUGUAAAUAAAAGAUGUUGAAUCUUGUUUAAAAGCAUG